CAGAGUUCGUGCGAGGCGCUAUAUUUAGUUUUAGUUAUUUGACAAAAAAGAUGGCAGCGAUUGCCGACUGCUGUCCUUCGGGUUUUAAGCUAAAAUGGCGCAUUAUGUGAUAUUUUCACAUAAUUUGAUAAAUAUAAGUGAAAAUUUGUGUAGUGCUACGUUGUGAUGGUUUAUUGUUUUACAUGAUUGACAGUGUACUCGUGUGUAAAUAGGACUGCAACUUUCUUCUGGAUAUUGGAUUACAGCUAAAGUAAAGUCACAAUGGUGGUGGGCGAAGUGAAACGUGCUACCAACAUCAUGGACGGCAUCGAGAACACCGGCGAUGUGCGCCUCCAUGACCACCGGCUGCGGCUCAAACAGAGGUUCGAUAUAGUCAGAAAAUUAGGACAAGGUACAUAUGGCAAAGUGCAGCUCGGGAUAAACAAAAAAACAGGACAAGAGGUUGCCAUUAAAACAAUAAAGAAAUGCAAGAUAGAAUCAGAAGCGGAUCUAGUUCGUAUCAGGCGAGAGGUGCAGAUCAUGUCCUCAGUAAGGCACCCCAACAUUGUACAUAUUUAUGAAGUAUUUGAAAAUAGUGAAAAAAUGAUACUCGUUAUGGAGUAUUGUUCGGGUGGAGAAUUAUACGAUUACCUUAGUCAGAAAAAAGUUUUACAAGAAGACGAGGCUAGAAGGUUAUUUCGUCAGAUAGCGACCGCUGUUUAUUAUUGCCAUAUACAUAAGAUUUGCCAUAGAGAUCUGAAACUAGAAAAUGUAUUACUGGAUCACACAGGUAGUGCUAAGAUAGCUGAUUUUGGUCUUUCAAAUGUUUUCAAAGAGACGUCGUUAUUAUCAACGUUCUGCGGGUCACCUCUUUACGCAUCGCCAGAAAUCGUUAAAGGAACACCCUAUAUAGGGCCAGAGGUGGAUUGCUGGUCCCUCGGCGUUCUCUUGUACACUCUAGUGUACGGUGCGAUGCCGUUCGACGGCUCAAACUUCAAGCGGCUCGUGCGACAGAUCAGCAACGGCGACUACUAUGAACCGAAGUGUCCGUCAUCCGCGUCGCCUCUUAUCAGGGACAUGCUCACCGUAGAUCCGUUGAAAAGAGCAGACAUCGCAUACAUAUGCGACCAUCCGUGGGUGAACACCGGUUGCGAGACGUCAUGCCUAGAAGAAGCUGAAAUAUUAGCAGCGGAGACUCCCGUGCGGCUCGACCUGCUGCUAUCGCUGGCGCCCGCCGCGCCCUCCAACUCCAACUCCGUCGUCGUGCCUGGCGAGACUGAACUUGGGCCAGAAGAAAGCUGUACAGAUCUUACUAACUCCACAUCUAUGGCGGUGGAACCCAGCAACUCAGCUGAGAAGAGAAUCUUAGAACUAGUCGCAGAAGGUGGAGAGGACGCGAUAAAACCAUCCCCAACGCGGACAAUAGUAUCAGCGUCGGACAACAAACGUAAGCUGGAGCUCGCUAUGUCGGCAAGCGGCCUGCAGAGGAAAAAGGAACGUGUAGCUAGUUGUGCAAAUAUUCCACCCCAACAACCGUUGCCUGAAGAAAUAGUGAAUGACACAACGCCGGAGGAACCUCUCCCAGACGAAACGCCAAUACAGCCCACUCUUAUGAGUUCAGCCACCAUGACAAUAUCGCCCGCCCCAAUAGAGCUUCAUGAACAAAUCCCCAACAAGGAACCCGCCAAAGAACCAACUACACCCGAAGACAUUAAAGAGAAGCAGAAACCACGCGUCGCUCUCAAGAAGAAAUCCUCCUUUACCAUAUCUAAAGAAAAAGGCUCGACAGAAAAACAGGACGAUACUAAGGUGGAAGAAACGAAGCCGAGCGCCGUGGCUUCUGCCGCUGAUAAGCUGACGUCACUCACAUUGUCGCAAUCCACUCCCGCCACCCAGAACCAGACUACCACGAAACCGAAGAAGCUUUCUCUGCCUGGGGGCAAUGUCGGCAACUUCAAAGACCAGUUCGAGAGACGCGCAUCUUUAACAUCUGGGCAAGACGCUAAACGACCGAUCGCUAAACCUGGCUUGGAAUCGCCUAAGGCUAGGAUGGCGACAUCAGCGUCCAAGAUCGCCAAGCCCAAGGCGCACAGCGAGGACCGCGACCUCACACCCAAGCCUGACCAACCCGGCACCGUGCGGCUGCAACAGAUCGGCAUCGAGCCUGCCUCGACACAGGAAGAGAAUCGUGGCGGCGUCAAGAAGACUGAAAGCGAACCCACGCACGGCACCGCGCCUGUCGACCCCUCCGUGCUACUGCAAGAUGCCAGAAGAAGUCUUCAAAACUCUAUGGCGAAAUUGGCAGAAGAAAAAGCUGGAGAAGAAUAUCGUAGGCGCGCAGCGCGUGAUAUUAUCACAACUGCCAUACGCACAGGCAAACCGCCGGUGCCGUACGGUCGUUCUUCGUCAGCGGGCGUCGCGUCGCUAGUAUCGCCGCCCCCGCCCGCCCCCGCCUCCGCGCCCGCCACCGCCAGCACUGCGGCCCCCGCCCGCGUGUUCCGCACUGAGGCGCAGCAUCGCGUGGAGGACCACCGCCCCAGGGGCAUAUCAGUGGAGCGAAUCAUCCCCAUCCACGUGGCUGAAGAGUCGCCGUCGUCGCCGCCGCAAACUCCACAAACACCGCAGACGCCCACUCAGCCACAAACGAAGCCAGCGCCCAGGCUAGCUCAGACACCGUUAAGACGCCUGGUGUCGAACGAAUCCACUGCUAGCGAGGCGUGCUCCUCUCCGGGAGAUCCAAUCAAGAAAUCCGCGCGCGAAUUCAUAAUCCCCAUCGCGGUAGAAGGCAAAGGAUACGUGACGCCGCGUCAACGCAGCCUAGAGCCCGACAGCGCCGCCGCCCGCCAGCAGCGCGCACCCCGUCCGAGACGAAUCAGCAGUCUUGUCAGCGGUGGCGAAUCAGAAGAAGAAGACGAUACGCACAUGCAUAGAUUAAGAUCCUCAAGAGCGGCGCGUGCCGAGUCUGUCAGCUCAGGCGAGGAGGAUGAAGAAGACGAAGGCUUCCAUCUGUUGACUGCUGAAAACCUCUUCUCUACGCUUCUACAUCGGGUUCGCGCGCUUACCAACCGUUUGAACGGCGAAGAAGGCCCCGGGUUCCCUCAACACCCGCACUCUCUCUUCAACAACCUGCAGACACCGUUCUUCAACAGCCCGCAUUUACCAAGGAGACACUUAUUCCGCGAAGGUUGGGGCGCGCGCGACCUGCACGCCAAUUUCGACUCUAUGUUCAACAAGCCGCGUUCCGUGCCGAGAGGUAAGUCGCUUGCAGCCGCCGCCCGGGAAACGUUGCCAUUAUCACGCACUAUCACGCCUCGCACCCGCUAUACAGAAAUAUAAGAAAUAUGUGAAGGGAUAUAGAUACAGGAAAACGAUCGCUGUUACUGUGGCUUUCAAGAUCAAUUUCGCGUGCAUCGACGGAUUUUAUAUGCCGUUUUUAUUACAGAAGUUCUUCUAUUUGUCCCAUUUGAUGUUUUUGCAGUCAUAUUUCUGACUAUGUAAAAUUUUAUGUUACGUAAACUUGCAAUUUCCUUAUAGAUUAGGAAAUACCACUGAAAACUGUCAUUUCCAUCAUUAAAAUAAAAAAAAAUGUCUGAGAUCAUCUAUCUCAAAUGAUGUAGCUUCGUUUUCAAAUUAUAGAAGUAAAUCGUGAUUUUCAUUAACCGCAGUCAGUACAUAUAAAGCUUUACCAAAUUAUUUUCUAGCAUGAAUGUCGAUCUCAUUGUAAAUUUUUGAGCACAGUCACACCAGUAGUUAGCGCCCGGCUACAGAACUCACAAUAAAGCUAGCUUUCACUAAAACGAUCUAAUAAUAUCACGCAACACGUACGCAGUCCGCGUCACAUUCGAAUCGAUUACCAAGUGUCUGAUAUUUGCGACGUUUUCCAAACGUAUUAAGUACACGUUCGUAACAAUGUCGUAUAUAAUUGACUAUGCAUCCUUAUAGUCCAUUAUAUAAUCUGUGUGUUUGUUAUGGAUUUCUUUAACUGUUUUUUUUUUACCAUUAAUCAAUAAUUUUAACCCUUUUUUGCACUGUAGUGUUGUUUUAAUGUAUUCAAAUUGCAUUCUUUGUGCAGGUGUUUCUCCUACUCGCUAACACUAGCAGGAAAAUGUUGCGUUGCUAUCGAAUAUCAUAAAGUUUUCAUCUUGUAGUAAAGUGCAUGUAAUGCGAAAAGGCAUUUCAUUUGACGCAUCGCCUCUGGCAAUACACAGUUGAUUUAGUACUGUAAAUUUUGUUUUUUUUUUUUGUAUCUAUAUUAAAUUUUCAAAUUAUAUAUAAUAUAUAUAAUUUCAGCAAAAUUGAACUUCGAGCCAAUAAUUAUAUCGUUUACAGACCGACAGAUAAUCGAUUAGUUUGGAACGUGAUCAUAGUAUACAUGUGUAGAUAGUGGAUGUGGUAGCACUGAAUGUAUCGUACGAGCACUCGUUACUCGUACGCAAGUGUCCUAUGUAGAAUCAUGAAACAUGCGCUAUGACCUUGUGAGCUAUGAUGACACGCGCUCUCGAGCGAGACAACUUAUCUGCAGCCAGACUAGGACAAGCGUGUCGCUCUCGCGGGGGAACGGGGGGGAAUCGGGAGGGGAAACAGGGGAGAAUAUAGAUGGCGAGCAGCAGCAGCGGUAGUGAGGUUGUGUUGGUGUGGUUGCAGUUGGGUUGCGCGUUACACUGCAUGCUCCGACCAAAUCUUCACUUCACAGCGGCACCAGCGCCAACCACAAACCCGCCACAAACGCCACACAGGAAUAGGUACUAAACUCUAUUUAUUUCUUCAUAUUUUAUGUGUUCAUUUACUUUUUUUUAUAUUCAUUUUGUGUUCCGCACCGACCGUCGCGCCCUCUUUACCAGAACAGAGAUGCCUUUAUACAUAUCGUGGUAUACUACGCUAACGCGACUCGAGUCCCCUCGAGCAUUCUGGUAAAAAGUAGACACAGUUAUCGAAAGCAACAUUUUAAUGCAUCCCCCUCUUGUGUUUUCGUUUUUCGCAUAAUCAAUGCUUCGAGUUUGAUCUAAUUCGUUCACUCGCCGCGCGUAGCUCCUAGACACUAAUCCGCUAACAAGUCCGCAUCGGCUGAGCUCCGAGCCCGGCGCGCUCUCGCACCAUCGAAACGCGUGUCUCUCGAUUGCUUUCCAGGUGGGAGGCGGGGCGGCGAGCGGGCGCCGCCCGGGGCCGGGGCCGCGACCGGGGCCGGGGAGGGGCAAGGGGGAGAGACAGAGUCGCUGGACCUGUCGGACCUGGACCUGAGCUCGAUCCGGCUGUCGGAGCGCGAGGUGCGCGCGCUGUCCGGCCUCACGCCCGCGCUGUCCCGCCGCCUGCAGCUGCAGCUGCUGGCCAGCCUGCCGCCCGCCGCCGCGCGCCGUCUGCGCCGCACCCUCUCCCUGCACGACCCGCCGCCCGCCUCCACACCCCGCACCCCCACAUCCGACCCCACUCCCGCGCCCGACCCGCCCGCGUCCGCUCCGCGUCAGCACUCGGAACCGCCGCCGCCACCACCGCCGACGACCGACGCAGGAACCCCGCCGCCGCGCGAACCAUCCCCGCCAUCCCCACCGCGACCUGAAGUGGCGACCUCACCGCCGCCGCCGGCACCGUCACCGCACCGCCUGCGCUCCCCGGAGUGGACGCCGGGCGCGGCGAGCGAGGCGGAGUCGGUGCGGCAGUUCUGCACGCUGCCGCGCCUGCGCCGGCGGGCGUCGGCAUCGCGGGACCCGGCGCCGGCGAGCGAUACGGGCACGCCGGACCGGCCGCUGCUCAGCAAGUACCUGGCGCCGGAGCGGGCCGCCUCCCUCGACGACGCGUAUUCGUCCGACGGCAGCAUCCUGUCCGACCCGAGCUACGUGGCGGCGUACGGCGGUGCCCUCCGACGCCCCUCGCCACGGCUCGCCACCGACCAUCCUCGCCGCCGCGUCUCCCGGUUUCUGAGGUCUGACUUUUUCGACUCGCCGCCCGACGAGAGCGUGUACGCGAAGCACAAGAAGGAGAAGGAGCUCGAGACGCAGAAGAUCCUGCGCGAGAUCAGAGAGAAGAAGAACAGGACCCUCGAGUCGCCGGGCGUGCGCAGCCCGACGUCGGACUACGGCGACGAAGCGGCGUACAGGAAAUGCCUUUCGCCGGUUUCCCUUCUGCAGGCGAAGGAGAGGAGCCGCUCGAACACGCCGUUCUUCCCCAUUCUCGACAAUAUCAAGGAGACCGCGGCGGACGCGAUCCACGCGAGCACCUCGAAGCGAAAACCUUUAAGCGACACGGGGGAACCGAGGCUGACGUCGCGAAUAGACGAAAGCUCCUCGUUUAGAGAAUCUAAGCUGACGAGACCCAAAAGCUACCCCGUCAAAAAUCUAGAUUCCACGGAGGAACCCUCGUCCCUGAUGUCGGGAGACAGCGCUGACCGCCAAAAAGAAGCUGGCGAUAAAAACUUGCAAAAGGAAUCCAAACUGAUGAGGCCGAAAAGUUACCCUACAAGUAGCCCAUCCCCAGAAAAAGUGUAUAUAAAUCGCGGUAGUAUUAAAAAAGAAAUCACGCCCAAUGCCAAAUCAAAGGAUGAGAGCUUGAAGAGUGAUGUCGAAGUUAGCUUUAGCAUAACGUUACCGGCGAAAAAGUCUGACACCCGCAAAGCCGUAGAAUCCACUAAUGACAGUGAGUUUCUUCAAAAUGAGGAUGAGUCUAACCUCGGUAGCGAGAAACCCACUAGCGAUAGUCUUGUCCUAAGAAAAUACAAGGUAGUAAAUGAGGAAAACGAUAAACUGGAACGUAAGAAAGAAAAUGGCUCUGUUGUUACCAACGGGAUCCCAAAAGAAAGUCCAUACAAAGUCCUAACUAGUUCAGAAGAUAAGAAUAAUAAAAUAUCGAAUACUUCUAAAAAAGAUGAAACGAAAUCAAAAGUCUCUGAUGCUGAGAGUACUGAAAAGAAAGGAACGAUAAAAAAGAAAAUUAUUAAAAAAGUUUCCUCCAAAUCGAAGACUGACUUGGGAAGCAACCAAGAUUCGACGGGCGCCAAAAGUGGUACUGAAAAGAAAAAAGUUACGAAAAAGGUAAAAGAUAAAGUUUCUGAAGAUGGAACGAAAUCUGCGACAGUCACAAAAAAGAAAUCGAUGUUGCAAUCUAUAGGUCAUAAAUUAGAAAAAUUUACUUCAGCUAAAUCUAGUUCGCCAGAAAAAGGAUCAGAAAACGGUAUUGCUGUCACAGAAUGUAAUGAUGCGCCAAAAUUAAAAAGGAUGCAAAGAGAGCAAUCAGUGCCAGUGAGUGCAGAGCCACCCACUGAAUCGAAUCUCAUUAAAAGAGCGGUUACAUUGACAGAUGUUGCUACGUUAGAUACCCCAAAUCUUAGCAACACAAAAACGACCGUAUCUAAAGUUCUGGGUCUCUUUAAAAAGUUUGAACCUAAGGAGAAAUCUUCGAAACCCCUCGUAGAGAAGUCUUCUAGUGAAAACUUAGAAACAGGUACAGCUGAUAGUAAAAUUGAAACACCGGCAGAUAUGUCUUUGGAUAUACACGAUAAAGAAAAACCUCGGAGGCCGACGUCAUUGCUUUUGAAUGGGAUAGGUCGCAAAAACAAAUAUGGCAGAUCCGCUAGUGAUAACAUCGUAGAAGCCUCAAUCGAAAGCGACGAACGAACUGUACUUAAAAAAGAUAAUGAACCCAAGAACCUAAGAAAUACUUUAAAACUAGACUUCUCCAAAUUGCCAAGAGUGAAAAAAAUAGUUCCUACGAAUCCUGUGAUAGAACCCCAAUUGCUAAAACAUUCUACAGAAGACAAGGAGACUGAAAGAAAAGAUAAUAUAGAAAGAAAACUUAGCGCAACCCACGACAGCAUCGUUGAAAAUAACGAUUUAGAAACUCGUAGUCGAUCAAGAAGCAGAUCGACCAUAUCAAAUUCCGAAUUUAAGUCUGAUCUCAGUGUAGAUGAUAAGAGUGCAGACAAACAUUCACUGUCACCUUCCGAUACUACUAUUAAUCAUCCUUUACGCGGUCGCGACUCGAUAUCUCCCGAGAAAGACGACAUUGUCGACAGAAUUAGAAGAAAGAGUUUUUAUUCGAGGUUCAAUGAAAAGAAAGCAAGACGAAAGAGUAGUUUAGUAGGACCGGGCGCUACAGAUUACGACCCUUUGGCCCGAAUACACUCCCCGCCUGUAGAAAUGAAAUACGACGCAUCUCCUACGUCUCCUCCCCACGGUGCCUAUGACUUGUCGCCAGGUUAUUCGAUCCCUUCAGAUCUAUCCCCCUCUACGGAAAGGUACCGUUCACUAUUGACCGAUUUACCAGUAAAUACUAGGAGUAAUUUAAGGUUUGACAACUACGGAUUGAAUGAUAAAAUUGACACGUAUAGAUCUCUAGACCGCAAUGACUUCAGAAAGUGUCCUGGUAGUCGAAGCUACUUGGAUUAUGAUCAGCCGUUGUCGUACGGAGCCCACAGAUAUUCAAGAACGAAGUCGCUCUUGGAAAACUCAGACGGUAUAGAAGAAUCGUCUCUUGGACAUCUUAGAGAUCCUCACAAAUAUAACAGAACUCUGUCCAUGUAUUCGCCGGGAAAUUAUGCUACGUACAGACCGAAAAGAACUAGAAAUUCGGCGAUAAUAUUGAAGGAAAGUGAAAAGGAACCUAGCCCCGAGAAUAUCCUAGAAAAAAUACGAAAUAGAAAAAAAAUAUCUAUCAGCGUGACUAGAAAACCAGACUCUGACAAGGACCCACUACUCAGAUCCAAUGUCUCAUCUCAAGGCGAAGGCGACCGUGCAGAAUGCUCUGAGAAAAUUGACUGAGAGGAACUAUUGAUGGCGCUCGCGACUACCGACGGAACUGUGUUGUGAUUUAUAAAAGCAUUUUUUAUUUUCAUCUCACUUAUAGUAAAAACAAAAGAAUGUUUACCGAUUUCUAGUAUACACUAAUGAAUCUCAUCUUCCACUUUUUAUUCAGUUAUAAAAUAUGGAUACGGUACACCCUUAAGGAUGGGAUCGUUAUCUAUGCGAACUUCUGUAAUUUUCGUCACAUAGAAACGACACUCCAAGAUGAGAGGUUAUAAAAAAUCUUCAAGUCCAUUAGUUGAAAAACAGUAACAUUUUAUAUUUACUGUAUUCAAAGUAUUUUUUUUUUUGUUUUAAAUUAAGAUAACAGCAGAUCCCUCUUUCAAGUGAUUGUAAAUUUUUCAAGUAUUUAUACUGGGCUUAUGGCCCAGAAAUUAAGUGGCGAAAAUCUUACGAAGAAUACGCAUAGUCCCAGAACGUUAACUUCCUUGUGGUGUUAUCAACUGAAUUUUGCCAAAGCUAACCUUUUUCUGUUACAUCGAGACGGAUGACUGCCGUAAGACUGUCUCUAGUGGCAAAUAUCUUAGAUUCGCACUCAUUUUAAUGAAUCUCCAUUGUAAAUUUUAGUACCUAGAUUAUCUAUCGGUCGCAUAUCCCGAUAAAAUAGUAACACUAAAAUCGUUUGCCUUAAUAUCCUUGCACUUGGAACGGUUGUAAUAAUGUUGUUGUUCUAUUUUGCCAAUGCAAGUCAAAUCACGAAAUUAUUUGCCCACAUCUGUUUAGGUCGAUAUAGAUAAAUGCAUUCAGCAAUAAAUCUCGCGUAUCAAAAAAAUAAAACUGUCGGCUCUUUGUUGUAAUAUUAGUAACUAGUAAAGAACUACAUUUUAAUGAGUUAAAAUUUACAUCAAGUAUUUUUUAAUUUAAAAGAUAUUAAAACGAAUUAAUUCCAAGUAGAUAAAGUAAGAAAUAAUAACUUAAGGGCAAAUAAUAAGCAUCACGUAAUUAUAAUGUAUUAGUAUUAAGAUGUAGCUUUUCAGCACAAUGAAUUUAAGAGAAACAACAUUAGACCUGCCGACUUUAGGAUUAAGAAAAUUAAAUAUUCUAGAAAAUUAUUUAGAUUACUUUAUGGAAAACAGGAAAUGCUAUUAAGACAGACGAUAUUAGAACUCUACAUCGUAGGGAUUACGACUCAAGAGGCAUUAUUGCAAUAAAUUGUAAGCUACUGUGAAACUUUUAUUUGGCAAUACUUUAUCCAGUAUUUAAUAUUUGGGAGUAUGAAUAGUUAUUUAUAAAUAGAGUAGAUUUCACAGGUGCGUUCAAGUUUUAUGAUUAUUAUUUGAAUAAUUUUAUUUAUUUCUACACUGAUAAAUUUAACACGAUUGAGUAGCAAACUAUGACAGAAUAAUAUUUUAUGACAGGCUUUUGAUAUUAUGUCAGGCCUACAGGAUUAAUUCUUGCAAUAUUUACUGUGUAUUUUAUUGACUAUUUAAAAAACCAUAUUUUGCAAAGAAAAAUGUUUUAAGUGUUAAUUGUAAAUUGAUUCUUAUGUGCCUUUAUAAAACAUAAGUGACUGGAUUUGAUAUUUGUCCAUAUUAUGGAAGAUGGUGUAUUGCCACGAUUUUAUGUGUGUGUUUGCACAAAUGUUUAACUCAAUAUGGUUAAUUUUUUAUUUCAUAGUUAAUAUUAUAUAAUUUUACAUUUUUAUCAGACCCUAAGUCAAUGUGUUUAAGUUUACCUUUUUAUCAUAAUCAUAUAGUAUUGAAAGCUAAGUCACUGUAACAGUAAUCGAAAUAGAAGGUGCUUAGAUGAUUUCGUUAGGAAUAACUUGUAUUUAUAGAUUGGACGUGUUAUAGAAUCACUUACACAUGUAUUAUAAUUUAAUAUAAGUUUUCGUUCAGUUACACAAAAUGUAUAUGGGCGAAACUAUGAUCUGUUGAACAAGAAAACUGUAUUUGUAAAGUAUUAAUGCAAAGUUUGUAAUAUGUCUUGUUGCCAUUUUUUUUUUAUAAUACUUUAAACAUGCCAAAAUGACGGCUUGUUGAACAUUGAGACGAGUUGUUUGUAAGCAAUAAUUUAAAAUAAUUGCGUUUGUCAUUAUCAUUUUAUCAUCUCGGAAACUAUUUAUUAAGUGUGUGGUGAUUUUUAAUAUUUCUCUUGUUAGUCAUGGUUACUGCAUGCUGACACAAAACUGUGAUUGUUAUGACGACGAUAAUGUUAAAUUUGCUAUCACACACGUUUUGUAUUGAAUGUGAAUAAAUUAUAAUAGUUGAAGAAAUUACUUUUAUUAAGGUGGCAAUCUUCAAACUUUUAAAUUCUUAC